UUGGCUCGACACCGUUUCUCUCUCCCUAGUCCAUUCUCCGAUUGCGGCGGCGAUGGCGACGGCGACUGUGCCGGAGGGACGACCCGGAAGCGAUUGCUACUCCCCAUCCUGGCGCGUCGAGUACUCCACCAUUCCCUCUCUCAUGCGACCAGGAGGCGAAGUGGACAGUGCAAAGAUCGGACGCGAGGUCGCGGCGACAACGGCCUUCUCCCUGCGCCCCUCCCCACCUCAGUCGGUCUUCUUGCCGGAGCGGGGCAAAGGGAGAGGAAGAAGGCGAAGAAAGGAUCCCGGGUUGCCCAACAAGCCGCUCCCCGGGUUGCCGCUGGCCAAUGAGGAGACAGUGGACGGGAAGGGUGGAGCUCCUCGCUGAUCUCAAGUGCAAAAUUUGGGGUUCGGCCCCAACAAGAGCCCUCAUUCUGUCCGAUAAAAAAAAUCCCUUAUUCUGUACGCGGUUCAUCCUCACUUCCUCUGGUCCUUUAUUGAAAUUGCGAACAUAUUGUUGCUUGCUUCGUCAGUUAUGAAUAGCGAGCUAAAUUAAUUUUUCAGGGUAAAAAGCAGAUUGACAGUCGGUUGCUUAUGUGAAAAGGUGUCUUUUCCAAAAAAAAAAAUAUUAAAGAAUUGAUGGCAAAGGAUAUUCGCGUUGAUGUUUUGGUAGUGGCUUGUGUAGACGAUGUUUGUUUCAGUAGGCAGUGCUGCAUAGAAGCACUAACUCUGCAGACUAAAGUCGCUGCAUUACGUUCCAGUGAUGUGUUCUUUCUUCUUUUUGUUUUUCUCCCGAGAUUUGGUGUUUCUUCUUUUCUAAAUAAGAAUAACACUAGAUUAUGGAUAUUUUUAGCGAAUAAGAAACGCAAUCGUUGUAUCAUGCAUGAUAAUAGAUUUACCGUCAUUGUGGGUUAAUUUGUUUGUGCUACAUAUUGGUAACUUGAUCUGGUUUAUUCGCCCAUGACUUUUUACUUUCUUUCACAGGUCAGUGUUUGUCCCAACGCUUGUCAGAUAAUCGUUUUUACACUUUGUAAUGAGAUCAUGGAGAACUACCAGCUAGUACUACUCUGCCACGACUAUUUUUCUGCUAGAUUGCACUGUCACAUCAUCAAACCUAUGGACUAGAAAAAUCAUGCAACAAAAGAAGAAGAAACAAAAUACAUUCCCCCAAUAGUUCAACACGUCAUCAGACUUUAUGCAAAUAUUGUGAAUAUUGUUUCUGUCCUCUGAAGGUGUUAUGACUUGAAUCCCGAAUGCUAGUGGAGCAAGUAAUUACUACCUCUGUCCCAUAAUGUAAGACGUUUUUGCAGUAUAAUUUGAACUCCAAAAACGUCUUAUAUUAUGGGACGGAGGGAGUAGAUUCUUGGAGCCUAGUUCAAUCUCGUAUGCUCUUCUACUGACUGAAAGCAUUCAGUCAUGCUUAUUUUAAAUCUUUCUCAUUGUAAUUCAUAUACCUCUCCGUGGAUCACUCAGCUGUCAGUUUUUUAAUAACUCAACUGUAGUUUGCGAGUAACUAGUUUCAAAAUGUUUUGAAAAUGCUACUUGCAUGCAGGAAGUAAAAAUAGUAUACUGACAAGCUCCUACCAUGCCACUACUGUGAUUUCAGCAUAGUUUAUGGUAUACUAACAAGUACCUACGAUGCCUCUAUUGUUUUUACUUGGGCCCCUAAUAUAAUUUCAGCUGUGGUUAAUGGUAUAGUAACAAGCACCUAUGAUCCCCUAUAUUAUUUACCUGGGCCCCUAAUAUAAUUUCAGCUCUGUUUGGUCUUUGGAAAUGGUAUAUGUGGAAAUAAAGAACUAUGCCUUUCAUUCUGCUAAUUAGUCAAUUUUGUAGUUUCUUUCUUUUCCUCAGUGUUAUGCCAAUAUGUUUCAGCUCGGCACUUGGAGUAAUUAGAUGGUCCUUCUCCUAUGUUUACUAGAUUGUCAGCAACGAUUAAAAGCUUAGUUCCUUUAAUGUGACAUAGAUGUGGAAAAAGCAUCAACCUAUUUAAUAAUGUAUCCAUCCAUCUAGCAGCAGGUAGUGUAACAAGCAUAAGUAGCUAGUGACCCAGACAAAGAAACUCACUAAAGAGAUGGGAUGAGUCUAGGUGAGCACUCUGAAUCUACAAAUUCCUUGAGCCAUUUUUACAUUAUGCAAGCUGUUAUGACCGGCAUAUUAGGGGCUUAGCCCAGGCUUAGCCCAAUGGGUUGUGGCCCAAAUUAUCUUAUCGUUAUUAGGGGCUUAGCCCAAUUAUCUUAUCGUUAUUAGGAUCGUUUGCUUAGGAGUCAAGUAAACCUCUCUAUAUAAGGAGAGGAGAUGUAUCAAUAUAAUCAAGCAAGAAGCAAUCAUUAUUUGCUCGGCUUCCCGAAGGGAGCCGGGAGACCUAACCCUAGCCGCCUCUUGCGCCGCCGCCGCCUCUUCUUCAUCGCGCCACGGCGCCCCGCCGCCGCCAGCCGCGAUCGCAUCUCCGUCCACCCUCCCCCUUUCCGUACAACCUACGCCCUAGACCAGGUAGGAUCCUAGCUCCUACCAAUUUGGUAUCAGGUAGCUUGGUUUCGAUCAUGUCUGCACCACCACCCAACCUGCCGCUGCCCGUCACCACCGCGCCGCUACCUCUCUCCACCGCGUCGCUGGCUCUCCCCACCGCGCCGCUGGACUCCACCGCCGGCGCCUCCACCGGCCAGGCGCCGCCGCCCUCCACCGCGCCGCCCGUCACCAUCUACUCGCCGGCGGAGAUGACCGGGGUCCUCAACGACCUCGUCACCGCCGUCCAAGGCAUACACCUCUACCUGGCCGGGCCCUACGGGCAGCCGCCGCCCUUGAAGCCGGCCACCGCAACCAGGCCAGCCGCCCUGCCCUGGUACGCGGCCACCACGGCGCCGAUCGGGCCUCUACACCACCACUGGCCCGGUCAGCCGUCGCCCGCCGUCGCCCCCCACCGGCCGCAGUGGCCGGCUCCGGUUGCUGCCUUGCUGGUUGCUCAUUCUAAAGUUCAUGAUUCUGCAUGCGAGCAAAGGAUGUGA